GGUCUACAAAACAUAAGAGCUACGAAGGGUCAAUUAGUGGUGUUUGAAUGUCGCAUUCAAGCUACAUCCACCUUACAGGUUCACUGGUACAGAGAAUAUGAUCAGAUAGUAGAUUCUGCCGAUUUCCGGAUACUACGAAAAAAGGCUUGUUCAACAGCAGUUCCUGAGGAAGUCUGCACCCUGGUUAUUACAGAAGCUUUUCCAGAAGACUCUGGAAUAUUUAAAUGUGUUGCUGAAAAUGAAUUUGGAUCUGCAGCAUCCAGUGCACGUCUCUCUGUUUCCCCAGGAGCAAAAGAGCUGGAAAGCUUUGCAGGUGUUGCCCAUAGGCCAGCUGUGCAAGUCACCAUGAAGAAACCCAGCUUCCCUAGGAAAAACCAAACAGGAGCCAAGGACCGAGAUGCGUCUGGGCUGCCGUCCUACAGCACAGAGACCCCAGGGCUGGGCAGUCGAGCAGAAGUCACAAACUUCAGCCAGUUGAACACCAAGAGUGAAGCUGAAGAUUUUCAUGGAGUUUAUGAGAAUCCACCUCAGGCUUCACCUCUGCGGUAA